AUGAGAGCAAGAUGCUCAUGUUUGGUGGCACAUGAUGAGCCUUAUGGGGCUGAUGCCACCUGUUGCAUGAGAGCAAGAUGCUCAUGUUUGGUGGCACAUGUUGAGCCCUAUGGGGCUGAUGCCACCUCUUGCAUGAGAGCAAGAUGCUCAUGUUUGGUGGCACCUGAUGAGCCCUAUGGGUUUCGCAGGCCAAGAAUCAAAUUGGCAUGGAACGAAAGUCGUCAAAUUUCAGCCGCUCUCCCACCUUCCAGUUGA